CUCCAGACAAAGAUGCAGAGCAGACAUGCUUUGUGCAACGUGUUUCGGAGGGCGGGACGCGGCGCAUGGAUGCUAAGGUGGGUCCCCUCCCUCCCUCCCUCCCUCCCCCGAUGGGUGUGUCCAUUGCCGGGAGACCUCGGCGGAUCCACCUGCAGGAGCCGCUUUCCCCGCACUACACACUUGAGCACCGCCGCCGCCGCCGCGUGGUUACGCGCACCUCUCCAGGAGCAACUCUUUUGUUUUCAAACCCCAAAUCCCACCUCCUUCCAGCGGGAAAGUACAGACUGUGUUGAUUGCAUUUAGAGAUCACUUCGGGCCAAUAGCGGCUGCGUCAAGUUCAUUUUUAAAUCCGAGCUUUGUUCGGCUCUGGCGGAUAAUCGCGGAUACACUUGGUUCUGCUGCGCGAGGACGGAGCAGCUCCACGGACCCGCAGUGGAUGCUUUUAAAUGUUGACCGGCUUUAAGGCAAUAUUCACGGGACGGCACGAGAAGCUCCUCGACUCUCCUUCUGCCCUGUUAACAAGCAGAGGGACAAUGCUGUGGGAGAAAGUGUGCUGGCUGCUGGCCCUGCUGGCCUUCUCGUCAGGGGCGCUGCCCGCCUCCAACGAGCCCCUCUCCGCUCCCCGGAUCUUCCUCUCCUUCAAAGAGUUAAAAUCCACCGGCACAGCUCAUCACUUCUCCUUUCUGCUCAACUCGACCGACUAUCGGAUCCUUCGCAUGGAUGAGGACCACGACCGCAUGUAUGUGGGCAGCAAAGAUUAUAUCCUUUCCCUGGACCUGCACGACAUCAACAAGGAGCCGCUCAUCAUCCACUGGCCUGUUGCCACCCAGAGGAAGACUGAAUGUGUCCUGUCAGGGAAAGACACCAACGGGGAAUGUGGAAACUUCAUCCGCCUGAUUGAGCCGUGGAACCGGACCCACCUCUAUGUGUGUGGAACAGGCGCGUACAACCCCAUCUGCACCUACGUGGACCGAGGACGCAGGUCACAGGGGUCCCACUACCUACAGGCUGCCCAAUCUGGAGGGAGAACAAAUCGGGCGGCAGACUACAGCACUACGUCAGAGCCUUUGGAGGCUAAGGAAUACAUCUUCAGACUUGAACCUGGUAAAGUGGAUUCUGGGAAAGGAAAAUGUCCUUAUGACCCCAAACUGAACAGUGUCUCCGCUUUGAUCAACGGAGAGCUGUACUCUGGAGUCUACAUCGACUUCAUGGGAACCGACUCCGCCAUCUUCCGCACGCUGGGCAAACAGACCGCCAUGCGGACUGACCAGUACAACUCCAGAUGGUUAAACGACCCAACAUUUGUCCACGCGCACCUCAUCCCGGACAGCGCGGAGAAGAACGAUGACAAGCUUUACUUCUUCUUCCGAGAGAAAGCCUCGGAAAUGGGCCAGAGUCCCAUGACCCAGUCCAGGAUCGGCCGGAUCUGUCUGAACGACGACGGGGGCCACUGCUGUCUGGUCAACAAAUGGAGCACGUUUCUGAAAGCUCGACUCAUUUGCUCGGUGCCCGGAGCCGACGGCGUCGAGACGCACUUUGAUGAACUAAGGGACGUGUAUAUCCAGCCAACUCAAGACAACAAAAAUCCCGUCAUCUACGGCGUCUUCUCCGUUUCAGGGGCUGUGUUCAAAGGCUCGGCCGUGUGCGUCUACUCCAUGGCUGACAUCCGAAUGGUCUUCAACGGGCCUUUUGCCCACAAGGAGGGGCCCAACUACCAGUGGGUGGCGUACAGCGGGAAGAUCCCUUACCCGCGACCUGGCACUUGUCCCGGAGGCACUUUCACCCCCAACAUGAAAUCCACAAAGGAUUACCCAGACGAGGUCAUCAACUUCAUGAGAAACCACCCCACCAUGCACAAUGCCGUAUACCCGGUACACAAGCGCCCCCUGGUGGUCAGAACCAACGUGGACUACGAGUUCACCACGAUUGCAGUGGACCAGGUGGCCGCUGCAGACGGGAGCUACGAGGUGCUGUUCCUGGGCACAGAUCGGGGGACAGUCCAGAAAGUGAUCGUCCUGCCCAGAGACGACUUGCAGACAGAGGAGUUGGUCCUGGAGGAAGUAGAGGUCUUCAAGGUUCCCACGGCAAUCACCACCAUGAAGAUUUCUUCUAAACGGCAACAGCUGUAUGUGGGGUCGGUCUUGGGGGUGACCCACCUGGCUCUCCAUCGCUGCGAUGUGUACGGCGAGGUCUGCGCUGACUGCUGUCUGGCCAGAGAUCCGUACUGCGCCUGGGACGGCAAAUCCUGCUCCAGAUAUUCAUCCUCACAGAAGAGAUCCGACCCCUCUAGACGGAGCCGUCGGCAGGAUGUCAAAUACGGCAACCCGAUCCGCCAAUGCAGAGGUUAUAACUCAAACACCAAUAAGAAUACUGUGGAGACCAUUCAGUAUGGGGUGGAGGGCAGCACUACGUUCCUGGAGUGCCAGCCCAGGACUCCCCAUGUGUCUCUCAAGUGGCACCUGCAGAAGGAAAACAGUGACAGGAGAAAAGAGAUUCGCUCCGAGGGUCGCAUCCUAAAAACCGAACAGGGCCUCCUGAUCCGCUCGCUGCAGUCCUCCGACAGCGGCAUCUACCAGUGCACGUCCACGGAGAAGAACUUCAAGCACACGCUGGCCAAGCUGCAGCUCGUGGUCCUUUCCAGCCGCACGGUCAACAGCGUGUUGGUGGAGACCGGCGGUCCGGCCCUGCCGCCGCUGCAGUCCAGCGCCUGGACUCCGAGCGCCGGGCAGUACAAAGACCUGCUGACCAUCCUGAGCCAGCCGGAGAUGGGCCUGAUCAACCAGUACUGCCAGGACUACUGGCAGCUCGGAGACGUCAGCCUGGGAGACAGCAAGGCCAAAAGCCUGAAGGAGCUGAAGGAGCAGAAGAAGCCUCGCAACCGCCGGCAUCACGAUGAGCAAACGACUCCCGCCGAGACAUGAGGAGUUGGAUGCGCACGCCUCGUCACGCCACCCCCCCCCCCCCCCACCCCGGUCCACCCUUCCACAACCCCCCCCCCCACCCCUUGAACACUGCAACCCUCCAUUUAGGGGAAUGACUCCAGUUAGAAAGAGGACAUUUUAGAGGUUUCUAUGUAACUGUUGGGAAAAAAAAAACACAAUAUUUAUUGUAGGUUGUAAAAAGUCAUUCUUUGUACCUACCUAGGAAACAUGUUUUUUUUGUUUUUUUUUGUGAAUAGGUAAAUGUGUGCAAAUAUUGUCGUAUUAUUGUUAGUGUUUAUUACAAUGUGUUAUUAUGUUAAGAAUAACUUUAUGUUUGGUGUUUUUGAGAAACGGCGACGAUAACCGAGGACUGGAUUGUCUGGACAAAGACCGACGAACGCGCGUUCGGAAAAAACCCGCCACAGGGCGGCCGCGUCGGGUCACGUGACUGCUGGCAGUAUUCGGUGUCUCUCAAGCUCAAAGUCAAACUUCCCCAAACUUCCUCACCACAACUCUCUACUGUAUAUAAGACAGUUUUUGUUACACUGCAAUAUACAAGCUGCAUUUCUUGGGACACGGAAGCACAAAAGAAAUGGCAACGGACUGCAGCCGAGAUGUGAGUGAGAGGCGCUCCGUCGCAGGUAAGACGUCUCUCCUUUAACGUUUGUGGGCCUCGAGUAAACACCCCACCAUCCCAUCAACCCUCCCAAACUCUUCCAAAACUACUUGCUGCCAAGUGUUUUGUUUAUAUGUGAAUAACACAUCUAAAUGUUGUAUCCUUAACGAACGUGAUCUUUGUAAUAAGCUGUGUUUUAGGGGAAAAGGGUCCUUUUUAAUGGCACAAAAGCUGAAAAUAGAACAUUGCCUUCUCUUUUUCUCUUUUGGGAUAAGAAAUUCCAGCAGGCAGCUUCAUGUGAGUUUGUGAAAGUUUGUGAUAAAAAAUAAAAUAAUAAGACACAAAGCA